CAGGCGUGGAAGCCUGACGCAGCUUCAGUGGAGCGCAGACGCUGCUGCAGCAGCAACAGCAGCAGCAGCAGCAGCAGCAAAUGCACAGCCUGUUCCUGUGCUGCUGCGGGGCUGGAGGGCAAAACUAAAAUGUUCAAAAGGCCAUCCAUUCUGGAGAGACUUUCAAGAGCUGCAAGCAGGACUCUGGUGCUCCGUCUGUUUGGCCUCAAGCUUUUUCACUCCAGUGGCUCGCCUAAGAGCCAUCAGCAGAGAUAAGCAGCUGGAACAAGCUAUUCGUGAGAAGCAGCAGCAGCUGCUGCAGGAGGCACGGCAGCAAAUGGCCGCAUCUGCUGCUGCUGCUGCUGCUGCUGCCUCGCGAGCAGGUCCAGUCCCUCCAUGCUACAAACCCCACCGAGUGCAGCAGCAGCGGCAAUCUGCUUCAGCGCAAAAUGCUGCAGCAGCAAUAGAAGGAAGCUAA